GUAGGUGAUCAGCUGUAAUAAACGUAAUGGGGUUAAAGGAUCGUUUUGAAAUUGUUUUAAACAGUCCCGUAUAUUAUGCGGGACAAAGUAUGACGGGAAAGCUAAUUGUCGAACUGAAAAAACCAAAGAAGAUAAAAGGACUGUAUUUGAAAUACUUCGGCAAAGGAUAUGUGCACUGGAACGAAGGGUGGGGUACAACGAUGGUGUCGCACUCGAAUCUAGAAAUAUACUUGAUGCAAUAUCAACUAGUUUGCGGAAAUGAGACAGAUGAGUACAAGCUAACGGAAGGUAGACAUGUCUUUGAGUUCAACUGUCAACUGCCUCCAGAUCUCCCCUCUAGCUUCGAGGGACACUUUGGACGCAUCAGCUACUCUGUCAAAGCCAUAAUCGACCGCCCUUUGAAGAACGACUACGUCGCGAAACAGUCACUGACAAUUGUGUCAAUAUUUGACCUGAAUCGAUGUUCCCUCGCAGCGAUGCCAGUAGAAGAGCGGAGCAGCAAGACUUUUUGGGGACACUCGAAGCCUCUGAACAUGUCGGUUAACAUUCCCGUCCGUGGCUUCGUUCCUGGACAGGUAAUACCAAUGAAAGUAUUACUGAGCAACGAAUCCGAAGUCCUGGUGAAGAGUUUGGAGGCUACUUUGAAACAGAAGGUGGUCUUUCACGCGAUCAGGAAAUCAAGUCCCAUGAAGGUGUUCGUCUUCAAAAAUGAGUACCCAGUCGAAGAUGGUAUCGGCAACAAAGAGUUACACCUAAAUUUUCAGGUACCAGCGUUGCCACCCUCUUUUCUCCAGUUCUGCAGCAUAAUCGAUCUGAGGUACCAGCUAAACGUAAAAGCCAAGGUCAGCGGUUGUCACAGAAGUCUCAAACUUCCAAUCGAAGUUAUAAUAGGAAAUAUUCCACUGAUGGCCUACGAGAUGCCGAUCUCUGGUAACCAGACAUUGUGCGAUGUGCCUGGCCUCUCACCACCGUACAAUCAAUUAUCGAAUAGUCAACCGCCACCUUACACUGUCAUUUUUCCUCCAUCGGUAGAAUACGGUGAUUUGCCUCCGCCGUCCUACGAAGAAAGUACCAGAUACGGAAGUCUCAAUAGAGAAGGAUCGCAAGAAGCUUCGAACGGCAAUGCGGAGGCCAGGGAAUUUUCACCGUUGUAUCCUGUGUACAGAUUCGAAACCGCAAGAGUGCAAACUGUGGGAUAGUUAUUUCUAAGCAAUUAGUGUAAUGUACGAUAAUUCAAUGAAGACCCUCAAACAGAAGUUUGACAAGUCUAAUUUGGACUAAUAGACGGUUUUGGACACGUUCCACUUUUGAAACUCUUAGUCAUGAUCUCUAGACAGAGAGAAUAUCUACGUACUAUCGAAUGUCCAGGACAAUCUUUCAAUGAAGCCGUCUCUAAAAAAUUGAGAACUCUCGAUAUUCGUCACUGGAAUUUAUCUACGAACCAUCAAAUAGUCAGAUUAGCAGGAAUGUUAAUGAUUUUUGGUCAAAUAUCACGAAGAAUCGAGUUUUAUCGGGAAUAAUGUACACUAUAGAUCGUAACGUCGUUUUUUUAAUUUCUUUUGAUCCAACAUAACAUAAUUGUUUAGUUAUCUUUACUUCCUCAAUUUUAAAUUUAUUACACUCUCGCUGUUUAGAUUCAGACGUGAUGGAUUUUAAAUGAUGUUUAAGUUUUCCGUCGGGCUGUUAAUAAACUGCUUGAAACGGGAAGUUUUGACAGAAAUUAAUACACUUACUUGAUCAUCUUACACAUGGGCCACAUCAAAUGGUAAUCAACUUUGUUGAAUUCCCUACUAAUCGAUUUUUAAAAAAUAUGAAUCUGAAGUCAGAAAAUCUAAUAUAUUAAGAGUUUAAUGACGAUAAAAAUACACAAUUACCUACUAAUAUCUUUUUUUCCUAUCAAAUAUCUUUUUCGGUCUGAAUUGAAAAUUUUUGGCGAAUACGUGUUUAUACCGUUAGACACGCGAUAUGAUGUCUGAGAUGUACAAGUACUGCUAAGAAUAUAGUGUACGCAUAAUGCGAAUCGGAUUUAUUUCUUUCCUUAGUUAAGCAUCCGGAAAAUGAAAACCAAUCUACUUGUUGUUUGGAAAUUGUAUUUCAUCCGAAAUUUUUAUA